AUGGAGACGGGCGUACCCCCGAACCGCAAAUCUUCUUCAGUCUUUCAAACCAUUAAACAAAAUCUCUUAGCCUCCUCUCAACCUUCUGUUUCCAGGAGGCCUUCAAGGGGCUCUGUGGGGGGCCCCUCUUCUAUCCCAGCCUCAGGGGGCCCCUCAAGGGGCCCCCGAAGCAGUCUAUUGGAGUCUGAUCUUGCUGAGCAGCUGCGCUCUCUAGAGUAUGAAGAUGCAUGGAUAGAUUCUGCUGCUGAAUUAUCUUUUUCUAACCAGCAGCAGUUGCAGCUGCAGCAGUUGCAGCUGCAGCAGCUGCAGUUGCAGCAGCAGCACUUGCAACAGCACUUGCAACAGCAGCAACAGCAGCAACAGCAGCAGCAGCAGCAGCAGCAGCAGUUCGAUGCUGCAUUGUCUCCUUCUUCUAUUGCUGGGCCUUCGCCUGGCUGCAGCGAAGGCGCUGCAUUUUCCAGCCCCAGGGGCGCUGAGGAAGCAGACCUGAGCACAAGUGCUACCCUCCCCGCAGAAGCAGCAGCAGCAGCAGCAGCAGCGGCAGCAGCAGCAGCAACAGCAACCGCAGCUGCAGAGCAUCUACAGCAGCAACGGCGCCAGCAACAAAUGGAAGAGCAACAGCAGCAACAGCAGUUGCAAGUGCUGCAGCAGCAGCAGCAACAACAACAAAAGCAACUAGCAGCAGCAGCAGCAGCAGGUGCUGGCGUAGGAGUUGACUCGAAGGGUUUAAUGCAUGCAAAUACAUCUGGGCGUGUGUGGGGCUGCAUCUCUUCAAUAUUUUCUUUAUCUCGUCUGUUUCUUUCUUCUUCUUUAUUGAUGGUUGGGGGUUUAUCAUUAUCUUUAUUGUUUUACUCCCUGCUGACGGAUAUAGCUCGACAAGAAGAGCAGCGACAAGCAGCAGCAGCAGCAGCAGCAGCAGCAUGUCGCCAGCGCCACCGGGAGAACGGCUGCGAAACCCUAAACCCUCUGCCUCCUUUUCUUCAAACCCCUUGUGAAGAGUGGAGGAGCUGCUUCCUAGCAAGCCCAAGCCAGCACGGAGAGACAACAAAAGUAGCAGUGCAGGUCUUAGCGCAGGUCCUCAAUGCCUUCUUCCACAGCCUCCAGUGGAGGACUCUGGUGGCGGUCGUUGCAUUUUUCUGGUUGGCAAUUUAUGCUGUAAAGGAGAUGCGCCAUUCGUUUGCUGCAGCUUCUCGCAGGGGCCCUGCAUGCGCAGCUUGUGAUAGCAGUGGGGGGCCCCUGAUGCAGCAGCAGCAGCAGCUGCAGCAGCUGCAGCAGCUACAGCAACAACAGCAGCUGCAGCAGAUAAGUCAGUACAACCCGAUCGCGGCGCCUUUUCAGCCCUACUUCCUAUCGCUGGGGCCUGAGCAGCAGCAGCUGCUGCUGCAGCAGCACCAGCUGCAGCAGCAGCAGCAGCAGCUUCUGCAGCAGCUGGAAUAUGAGCGGCAGGUGAUGAGACAGCAGAUCCUCAGGGGAACGGCGCGUUCGCUGCUGCUGCAGACGUUAGAAAGGCAAGAAGCAAUACAGCGUGAAUUAGCCUUCUUCUUUAACGCUGAGCAGCAGCAGCAGCUGCAGCAGCAACAGCAGCAGCACCUGGAGCAGCAGCAAUUCGAGAGCUGCGAGCAGUGCAUGCACAGCAGCGGUAAACGGAGCUCCAAGUCAGGGUUUUUAAGGGCCCUUCUGAAGAGUUUUGUUUUUAAGUUUCUGCUGGUGCUGUGGGUCGGCUAUGCAUUUGUAGUGGGGUGUAUGUACACCUGGAGAGACAGCUUCUUCGUGCAGCAGUUGCAGCAGUGGAAGGGGGUCAUACUAGAAGGCGUAUGA